CCUGCCAUGGCACGUGCAGCUCCAGACACCGAUGGGUGCCCAUGCUUUGGGCUUCUGCCACCUAAUCAGUAGCAGGGCGCAUUAAAAAGGCGGGCAGCCAUGGUGGGAAGCCGUCUCCUCCUUGCUCUGCUCUUCCCCACAUCAAAGCAAAAGGCUUUAGCUGAGCGUGAGUCACCAGGAGCCCGGGAAGGCGAAGGGCGGCAUCCGGCAGUGCCGCAAUGUCUCUCGCUUCCCUUGUCCUUGGGAUGGGCUGGAGGAGGAGGAGGGUGGCUGGAGGAGCUCUUGGUCAGGUUGGGGUCCUGCUGGGACCCCCUGGGGGAAGGAGCUGGCUGCUGGGGUGGAGCAUCCCCCAAAGCUGCAGCGGGAGAGCAGAGCCCCCUGGCAGAACGGGCUCUGUGGUCCCAGCCGUUUGCUGGAGCAAAGGGAGGAGACGCCUCCCACUGGGACAGCUCUUGCUUCCGCGGAUCCAGGACAAGGAUGAGGCUGGCCAGCCCCAGGUGCGAGCAGCCCCGCAGCCCCCCAGCCCCUGCACCCACCUGCUGCAGAACGGCGCCGGGCGGGGGCCCGAUCCGGGCAGUGCCAGCGGGGGGGCGGGGAAUGGGGUCUGCCGACCCCUCCCCAGCGCCCAGAAGCCCCAGCGCAAGCUGCAGUCGCAUCACUCCAUCAACAGCCAGAGCAGCAAGAAGAGCAAGGGCAGCUCCAAGUCGGCCUCGUCCCACAUCCCUAUUGAGGCGCAGGAAGACUGCUGCGUCCACUGCAUCCUCUCCUGCCUCUUCUGCGAGUUCCUGACCCUCUGCAACAUCGUGCUGGACUGUGCCACCUGCGGCUCCUGCACCUCCGAGGACUCCUGCAUCUGCUGCUGCUGCUGCAACUCGGGCGAGUGCGCAGACUGCGACCUGCCCUGCGACAUGGACUGCGGCAUCAUCGACGCCUGCUGCGAGUCGGCUGACUGCCUGGAGAUCUGCAUGGAGUGCUGCGGGCUCUGCUUCUCCUCCUGAGGGGCUACGCUUGGCGGGGGGCCCGCCAGUGGGUCCCCCCCAGUCCAGCUGGUCCCAGAGCCAGCGGUGGGGACACCCAGGUGUGAAAUGCCAAAAGACUGAGCCUGGCGGAGGAGGAGAGCGACAUCCCCCCUGCAAACCUCAUCCUGGGAGCUGGUGAGCUGGGCUGGGGUCCUCCCUGGGGAGGGGUGGAUCUGUGGGAGUUCGCGGAUGGCUGGCACCCCACCAAUGCUCUACCUCCUCCCCACACCCGGCUGUUCCACUGGGGGUCGCGGGAGCCUCCUGCCAACUGAGCCGAGAGCAGGAGCACCCCCGCGCCCCACAGAGCCCGCAGGUGCCACCCCAGAGUCCCAGCGCUGGGGACAGCCUGUCCUGCCUCUGCCCCAGCACAGUGCUCUGGUUUAUGUGGGGGUGGCCCAGAGCAUCCUCCCCACCCCAGGACAGCGCCAAGCCUGAGCCCCCCAGGUACCCAGAGAUGCCAAAGCCUUCAGCCAGGCUGCAGGGUCCGUGCUGUGGGGCGCAUCCUGCCAGCCUCCCCUCCUUGGUGCUGAGGUCGGCAGCCAUGUGCAAUACUCCCAGCCUGGCCCAGCCCCAUUUCACCAGCUGGGAAGCUUUUUCUUCACUGGUCCCUGCGGUGGGGCUGCAGCCGGGGCUGGGGGGAGCCCGGAGCUGUGCCGAUCUGUCACCGACCCUGCGUGUGUCCCAGCGGGUUGGUUGGUGCCAAAUGACCCUCAGCAGUUGUUGGCCCCUGUCCCAUCACCCUGGGGUGGGCCCGUGGCUGGGUGGGGGUGGGAAAUGCCCCCGUUGAAGGGCUGGGGAGAUGGGGAGGGAAGUGUCAUGGUAUUUUAUUUUUUUUGUCCCUUUUUUUGUUACUGUAAAUAAAGGUCUCUCUUCAUUUCUGA